CUUGAAAACAAGUGACCUCACUAGAUUUUGUUACCACCAGGAACUAUGAGUCAUGGGCAGCGUAUUAACAAGCUCAGCAAGAUUCUCAUUGCUAACCGUGGUGAGAUUGCUUGCAGAGUAAUGAAAACAGCCCGGAAAAUGAACAUUAAAACUGUAGCUGUGUUUUCUGAUGCUGACAGACACUCACUGCACGUUAAAAUGGCAGAUGAAGCUCACUACAUCGGACCUUCUCCAGCCUCAGAGAGCUAUCUCAGACAGGACAAAUUGAUGGACAUUAUCAAGAAAACCGGAGCUCAAGCGGUUCAUCCUGGUUACGGAUUCUUAUCAGAACAAGCUCCGUUUGCUGAGGCACUUGCGGCACAGGGUGUUGAGUUUAUCGGACCUCCUGCGUCUGCCAUCGCAGAAAUGGGCAGUAAAAGCGCAUCAAAACGUAUCAUGAUAGAUGCUGGAGUGAGCUGCGUUCCUGGUUACCAUGGAGAUAACCAGGAUGAGGCAUACCUCAAGGAGCAGGCAGAUCAGGUAGGGUACCCCAUCAUUAUCAAGGCAGUGUCUGGGGGUGGUGGUAAGGGAAUGAGGAUGGUGUUUGAUGAUAAGGAUUUUAUGGCGGCACUCAGGUCUGCCAAGGAGGAGUCCAUCAAGGCUUUUAACGACGACAGAGUUAUCCUGGAACGUUUCUUCGACUUCCAACCUCGCCACGUUGAAGUCCAGGUGAUGGCUGACUCUCACGGCAAUGCCGUUUACUUCUCAAACAGAGACUGCUCUGUCCAGCGCCGUUACCAGAAGAUCAUCGAGGAGGCUCCAGCUCCAGGACUUACUCCAGAGGAGCACAGAGAGAUCGGUGAGAUGGCAGUUAGAGCAGCCAAGGCGGUGGGUUACAAGAGUGCAGGAACUGUCGAGUUCAUCAUGGACACAGUCGAGCGCAAGUUUUACUUCAUGGAAAUGAACACGAGGCUCCAAGUAGAGCAUCCGAUUACUGAGCUGGUGACGGGUGUUGAUCUUGUGGAGCUCCAGUUGAGGGUGUCUCAAGGUGAGGCACUUCCUUUUACUCAGGAGGAUAUCAAUGUUAAUGGGCACGCGUUUGAAGCCAGAGUGUACGCUGAGGAUCCCGAUAACAACUUCAUGCCUGGUUCCGGAGACGUGAACUACUUGUCUACUCCAGCAGAGUCAGAGACCGUCAGGAUUGACACCAGUAUCAGGCAGGGUGAUGCUGUCUCCGUCUUCUACGACCCAAUGAUCGCGAAACUAGUCGUUUGGGCUCCUGAUCGUUUAUCAUCUCUAGCUCUUUUACACAGCAAACUUCAAGAGUACCAUGUUGUUGGAUUGUCCACUAACAUUAAGUUCUUAAAGGAUCUAGCUACACAUCCCAACUUUGAGUCGGCUGAUGUUCAUACAGAUUUCAUUAAGGAGCACGGAGACACCCUCUUUCCCAGCCCUCCAUCUCUAUCUGAGGAGAACUUAGCUCUCACUGCGGUAUCUUAUCUUUUGAGCAGGACAACUGCCUCAUCUUUAUCUCCCUGGACCAAAUCAAUGUUCUCCAGACUCAACCUCAACCAUGUUGAGGAGCUGAAACUUAAAGAUGGUGAUACUGAUCUGGACAUUAAAAUCCGUUGUGCAGGUUCGUCGUAUUUCGUCUCAGUCAACAGCGGGUCUGAAGUUGAAGUUGAUGUUGCGAUAUCAGCAGAAGACAAUGUUAUAUACGGGAGUGGAAACUCUGCCAACAAAAAACUGGAAUGCAAAAUUGUCCAAGACGGAGACAACUUGCACGUGUUUUGUGAUGGAAGUGAAACUGUUCUGUCAAGAAAUGUCCCUAAGUAUCUGGUGGCUGACGAUGAAGCAGGGCUAGAUGAUGGAGUUGCGUCUGUUGAGGGUCUAGUUCAGAAAAUAUUUGCCGGAAUCGGCGAUGUCGUGAAGGCAGGGGAUAUUAUUUUACAGGUCAAUGUUAUGAAGAUGUUGUUCGACAUAUCUGCCCACAAAGACGGUGUUAUUUCCUCCAUCUGUUUCAACGAAGGAGACCGGGUUUCAAAAGGUCAACUCUUAUACGAACUGGAAGAAUAAUAUGGAGGUUGCCUGGAACGGUUUAAUUUAUUAUGAUUUCGUUUUAUUGUUAGCAUUAGAUUGUUAGAUUAAAAUCUGAUGAUAUGAUGUUAACUUAAUAAAAUGUAGGUGAAAAAGUUUAGAUUUAAUUAAACGUUGACACGGAAGAUUCUGCACUUAUGAUUAGAGCCCUUGAACUGAGAUAGGAACCGCACAGAUUUAUAAAUGUAUCGAUUUGGCCCUACAUUGUCUAUUAAUUAGAUUAGUGAUUGCAGAUAAUCUUUAAAUGAUAGGGUUUAUCUAAUUCUUUGUUUUGGAUUUAUAAUUACUGAUGUUUGUACGUUGUUGUGUUCUUUCUAUUAGCCAAUAAAUAUAAUAUUGCUUUGUAUAAAGAUUAUUUUACCUAUAAUUAUAGGAUCAUGACUAUUC